UUGGGGGGGUGGGGUUAAUACACGUAAAGCUCCUUUAUGUAAAGUCAUGCAUCUAUCUCUUUCUCUCUCAGAGAGACAGAGACAGAUAUAGAUCAGCGUACGUGCGGGCGCGCGCAGGGUACUUUGUAUGCACGACCCAAUCUUUUCUUCUGUCAACAGGGCUUAUUACUACUGCUGCCUGCACCCAGUGAUCCCAUCAGUCAUGCAAUUUAUAUACUUCUCGCCAAGCUCACCACCUUCUCUGCCACAACAAACUUCCUAGACUCUCUCUCCAUCUCUCCCUCUCCCACACAGAAAACACAGAAACAAUCUUGAUGGCUCUUUGCUCUACCGUCUUCCUCUGCGUGUCACUUGUAUGUCUGUCGUGCCUAUCCCAAGCGGCCAGCACGAACCAAUCCCAAUUCUUCGCCCUGAUGAAGAGUUCGUUGUAUGGAAACGCUCUGUCGAGUUGGAAUCUCGAUGGAGGGGCAGAGAAUUCCUUCUGCAGCUUUCCAGGAAUCGGCUGCAACGAUCACGGGGACGUGGUAAAGAUGGACGUGAGCGGGUGGUCGCUCUCUGGUCAGUUUCCCGCCGGCAUCUGCUCUUACCUGCCGCAGCUGCGUGUCCUUAGGCUCAGCCGCAACAAGCUCCACGGCGGCUUCUUCGACAGCUUCGUCAACUGCUCUCUCUUGGAAGAACUCGAGACGAGCUUCUUGUACCUCCGCGGAACUCUACCUGAUCUUUCGCCGUUGCAAUCGCUCCGGAGACUCGACCUCUCAUACAAUCGCUUCACAGGCAAGUUCCCCAUGUCGAUCUUUAACCUUACCAAUCUAGAGCUGCUCAACUUCAACGAGAAUGAUGGCUUCGACUACUGGAGACUUCCCGAUAACAUCUUGCGGCUGAGCAAACUCAAGUCCAUGAUCUUGAUGACGUGCAUGGUUGAGGGACGGAUCCCGCCAUCGAUAGGAAACAUGACAUCCUUGUUUGAUCUUGAAUUGGGUGGAAAUUACCUGCAGGGGGAAAUCCCCACAGAGCUCAGCUUGCUAAAGAACUUGACGCAUCUCGAGCUGUACUACAACCAGUUCGCUGGUGGCAUACCAGAGGAGCUUGGGAAUCUUACCGAGCUCAUAGACUUGGACAUGUCGGUCAACCUGUUGAGCGGGAAAAUCCCGGAGUCUAUAUGCAGGCUCCCUCAUCUCAAAGUCUUGCAAGUUUACAACAACAGCCUCAGCGGAGAACUCCCGAGAGUGAUCGGCAAUUCAACAACCCUGACCAUUUUGUCGAUUUACGGCAAUCAGCUCACGGGGGAAAUUCCCUGGAAUCUGGGGCGGCUGUCAACUUUGAUUGUCCUAGACCUAUCUGAAAACCACUUCUUCGGUCCCCUGCCAACAGAAGCCUGCAAAGGAGGUAAACUGCAGUAUUUCCUAUUCCUGGCUAAUAAUUUCUCUGGUCAGUUACCGUCCAGUUAUGCGAAUUGCUUGACUCUGCUACGGUUUCGGGUUAGUUCUAACCACCUAGAGGGCCCAAUCCCGGAAGGAAUUCUAGGUUUGCCUCACGCUUCGAUCAUAGAUUUGGGUGAUAAUAACCUGAGUGGUCCUAUAGCGGAUACAAUUGGGAAUGCGAGGAACUUGUCGGAGCUCUUCAUACAGAAAAACAACAUCUCAGGAGUGAUACCUCCUGAAAUCUCUGGAGCCGCCAACUUAGUCAAGAUUGAUAUGAGUGGCAAUAGGCUCUGGGGUGCGAUACCUUCGGAAAUCGGCAAUCUCAAGAAGCUAAAUUUAUUGCUGCUGCAAAGUAAUAGGCUGAAUUCUUCCAUCCCCAAAUCCCUGUCUUCACUGAAGUCACUUAAUGUUCUUGACCUCUCCAACAACCUCCUGACCGGGAAAAUCCCUGAGAGUCUCUGCGAAUUGUUGCCAAACUCCAUUAACUUCUCCAACAAUCUUCUUUCCGGUCCAAUUCCGCCUUCAUUAGUGAAAGGAGGCUUAGUAGAAAGCUUUGCUGGCAACCCAGGACUCUGCGUUUCUGCGUCCAUUGAUUCGUCAGAUAACAAUUUCCCCAUAUGCUCACAGACCAACAACCGGAAGAGGCUGAAUAUCUGGGCAAUAGGAAUUUCAUCGGCGGUCAUUACCCUAGGAACAAUACUGUUCCUCAAGCGCCAGUGCAGCAAGGAGAGAUCCGUCAUGGAUCGUGAUGAGACGCUCUCUGCAUCACUCUUCUCAUAUGACGUGAAGAGUUUCCAUCGAAUAAGCUUCGAUCAAAGGGAGAUCAUCCAGGCCAUGGUCAAUGAGAACAUAGUGGGACAUGGAGGUUCUGGCACGGUCUACAGAAUAGGGCUGAGCAGCGGGGAAGUUGUUGCCGUGAAGAAGUUGUGGAGCCGAAGUGUGAAAGAUUGUGUGUCCGAAGAUUAUUUAGUUUUGGACAAGGGAUUGAAGACUGAAGUGGAGACUCUAGGAAGUGUGAGGCACAAGAACAUAGUCAAGCUGUACAGUUACUUCUCGAGUCGGGAUUGCAGCUUGCUGGUUUACGAAUACAUGCCUAAUGGAAAUCUCUAUGAGGCACUCCACAAGGGGCCCUUCCAUCUGGAUUGGCCCAUUCGUCAUCAGAUUGCGCUAGGCAUUGCGCAGGGUUUGGCGUACCUCCAUCACGAUCUGUUACCACCUAUUAUUCACAGAGACAUCAAGUCAACCAACAUCCUGCUUGACGCUAACUAUCAACCCAAGGUCGCGGAUUUCGGCAUAGCCAAAGUUUUGCAGGCAAGAGGUGGCAAGGAUUCAACUACUACUGUCAUCGCAGGGACUUAUGGGUACCUGGCCCCAGAAUAUGCAUAUUCAUCAAAAGCGACCACCAAGUGCGAUGUGUACAGCUUCGGGGUUGUCUUGAUGGAGCUAAUAACUGGGAAGAGGCCAGUAGAGCCCGAGUUUGGAGAGAACAAGAACAUCAUAUGCUGGAUUUCGACCAAAGUGGACACCAAAGAAGGCACCGUGGAAGUUUUGGACAAGCGAUUAUCAGGUUCAUUUUGGGAAGACAUAAUUCGGGUUCUUCGGAUUGCCAUUCGCUGUACUUAUGGAGCCCCUGCUCUUCGUCCAACCAUGAAUGAGGUCGUUCAGUUGCUGAUAGAGGCCGACCCUUGCAAAUUCGAUUCUUGCAAGUUGUCAGACAAGACUAAAGAAACAUUCAAUCCUCCCAAAACGAAGUAACCCCCAAGAUCUGACGAGCAGUUCGGCGGGCUUCUCGGUAUAGCCAUGUAGGAAGUCUAUUUAUAUGUACACAAGUACAGUCUCUGAGCACUAAGGAGAGACUUUACAUAAACAAGAGCUCAACAGCUCUUUUUUUUGUCCUUUUUGUUCCUAUGUAUUAAGAAAUGUUGGCUUGUAGAUUAUGCCAAUGCGUAAAACUUUCUUAGUUUUCCUUCUUGUCAAUUUCUGCUUUCAUGGCUCUGUAAUAUACUGAGGAACUAAAUGAGCUUGACAGCUUUGGUAC